CAUUGAUCAGUUUAGGCAAAGCUGCCCGCGGGCAGGACUGAACCCUUGUCGUCCGACAAAAUUUCACCCGACCCACUGAAUUUCUCUCUUCAACCCUGCAAUUAGGGUUUCUGUUUCUCACUUCCCAGCUCAAAAUUGGACCCAGUAUCUACUGCACUUCCUUCGAUCGCGAUGGCGAAGACGAAGCCGGGGAAAAAAGACGUUGAUUCCUACACUAUAAAAGGCACCAACAAAGUUGUUAGACCUGGAGAUUGUGUGUUGAUGAGACCUCCUGAUUCGGACAGGCCACCAUAUGUGGCACGAGUCGAAAAGAUUGAGGCUGACCACAGGAGUAACAUGAAAGUGCGGGUGAGGUGGUACUACCGCCCCGAGGAAUCAAUUGGAGGUCGGAGGCAGUUCCACAGUUCCAAGGAGCUAUUCUUGUCGGACCACUAUGAUGUACAAAGUGCUCACACCAUUGAAGGAAAGUGCAUUGUGCAUACGUUUAAGAACUACACCAAACUAGAGAAUGUGGGAACGGACGAUUACUUUUGCAGAUUUGAGUAUAAGGCUGCUACUGGAAGCUUCACUCCCGACCGUGUUGCUGUAUAUUGCAAGUGUGAGAUGCCUUAUAAUCCAGACGAUCUCAUGGUGCAAUGUGAAGGAUGUAAAGACUGGUUUCAUCCUUCUUGUAUGGGCAUGACUAUUGAAGAGGCAAAGAAGCUGGAUCAGUUCAUGUGCUUGGAUUGUUCAUCCGACGAUGAUACCAAAAGGUCUUUGAACUCAUUUCCUGUAUUGCCAGCUGCUGAGACAAAGGUGGAGGCGAAGCGAAGAAAGAGGUGAAUGAGUAGUGCAUGAGUAUGUACGAGUUUUCUUGCAUAGUAGUGCGCUAUUUGUUGUAGUACCGUGGAAUUGUACAGGGCAAAGAGAGGGAAAAGUAUAAGACAAGGCCUGAGGCUUUUUCCUAAUUUAUGCUAACCUAGUUUUCAUUAUCUAUUUAUUGUGCAGAUUAGUAAAUUAGUACUACUACUACUACUACUCAUUAUUGUUGUUAUGUGCGUGUCCAAUUUCCCUUAAAAACAUUGAAAUUGUUGAUUGAAACCUGUCGCUAAACCUAGUUUUCCAAAAAAUGUAAAAUAUUUUGGAAUUGUGACGUAUAAUUUGUUGUGUUUUCUGAUG